AUGCAGCAGCAAGGGAGUAGUAGUGGAUCUGGGAUGGAGGUGACAUGGGAGGAUCAGCAGAACAUCAAUAAGUUCAGCCGUUUCAACAACAGAUUCCAUGAACUCGAAGACGAUAUCAAAUUCUCCAAGGAAAAGUGUGAGAAUCUAGAGGAUGCAGGGAACGAGUUGAUUCUCGCGGAUGAGGAGAUGAUUCGGUUUCAAAUCGGAGAAGUGUUUGCUCAUUUGCCGAGGGAUGAGGUGGAAACAAGGAUCGAAGAUAUGAAAGAGGCCACCUGCAAAAGCCUUGAAAAGCUCGAGCAAGAGAAGCAAUCAAUCGUCUCGCAAAUGGCAGAGCUGAAGAAGGUCUUGUAUGCCAAGUUCAAGGAUUCCAUCAAUCUCGAAGAAGAAUAA